AUCGGGACUGUCUUGUGUGCUCUCGCUCGCCUCUUUGCCAAACUGGUGUGGUGACGAUGAUUUUCAUUGAUCAUUGCGACUGAACGAAACUAGCCAGAGCCAGAGCCAGCUAUAGUGAGUGAGUGGACGACGAACACAGAGCGUGCGAAGGAGGAGUUGUGCAUUCUUCUCGACCGAAGUAGGCGAAUUUUUAGAACGGAAAGUCCUGUUUAACGUCUCCGGGAGAUCAUUUCCGCCCCGUUACGAUCGUUGACCGUCCGAAGGUGGUCCGGAAGGGUUUAGUUGGUGCAGUUGCGACUGGUCGAAAGUCCAGGCCGUCCAGGGCGAAAAUCCGAGCGUGAAAAUUGUGUGAAAGAUUUACGUUCCUCUCUCUGUGCUGUGCUGUGCAUAGGUGUCUCGCUGUCUCUUUUUGGUCUUCGUGUUUUAGUGGUAUCGUGCCGUUUCGCUCCGGCCUGUGGCAGCUCGAAUCUUUUCUUUCGAUAAGUCGGUUCCUCCGCGCGCGUCCACCCCCGCGUUUGUGGCCCCCUGGUGGGCUGUGUGUUAUUUUACUUUUUUUUCCCAUUCAGCAGUCCGCGGAGAAGAAUAGUAUGUGUUCAGUGCGUGCGUGCGUGUAGUGGUGGUGCUACUGCUACUGAUGAUCAGGGCACACACGAAGGAAGGAAAAUAAUAUACAUCGCAGGUUUUGGAAUCCGAUUUCCGAAAAGCCAAAAAGCAAAAAAAGAAACGCACAGGAAAAGUGUUUCGUGGUUGGAAAUAGUUCUGGCGAAAGGAUUCGAUUUGGAAUUAACAGUGUCCGUGACGAAACGCGAAGAAUUGUCAGUUUACUAGAGUGCACCAGUGAACUAGGAAAGGUUUAAUCAAUCCUAGGAAGAAAAUCUCAAGGCAGAGGUAGUAUUAGUACAGGUGAACGAAGGAGGCAAGCAGAAGGCAAACGGAGGAGGAGAAGCAGCAGCAGCAGCAAAAAACAGGAUGUAUCUCAGAAGAAUCUACAUAUCGACGAUACUGUUGGCAUGUUUUAUGCUGACAGCACCGUGGUCCAGCGCCUUGGCACAGGAUGAACAGAAAUCAAAUAACCGCAACAGCCAGUCUCUGUCGGCAUCGUCGUCGUCGUCGUCAUCGUUUGGCGCGGGAGGCUCCAGUCCGAAUAAUGACAUCUACAUCGACGACGAAGGCCUCGAGGGUUCCGGAAGCAGAGGAGAGAUUCGCGACGAUCUAGAGAAGGAAGACGACGAAUCUUCCGGCUCCGGCUACGGCGACGAUGACGAGGACUCUUCCUCGCGAGGCUCCAGUCGCACCAGUGUCACGAACGUAGGCAUCGGCGGCGGUUCGAAAGGCAUCUCCGAAAGCGGCAGCUCAGCCGGAGGUGCAGGAGGCGCCGGUGGUGGUGCCGGUGGAUCAGGUGAUCAUGGGCUCGACGGUGGCGAAGAUGACGAAGAUGAUGAUCUCUACACUGAGACCAAAAGAACGUCCAUUGAUCUGGGCCCGACCGACGACGAAGAUAUGGUGCCAAUCGACACCGGAAAAUCGGGCGGCAGCGUAACGCACGGUCACGUGCCGGACGGAUCGGACCCGGAGAUCUACACGCCCCGCAUUCCGCCAACGGAGGGCGGCCACGACAGCAACAACCCGUACAGCGGCAGCGGUGUCUUGAUCAUGAACGCCAAGAAUGAGGACAGGACUGCGAGCUUCUUCGCGCAGCCGGGCAUUCUCGCAGCUGUGAUCGGAGGCGCCGUAGUCGGCCUGCUGUGCGCCAUCCUAGUGGUAAUGUUCAUCGUCUACCGGAUGCGGAAAAAGGACGAAGGAAGCUACGCCCUGGAUGAACCGAAGCGAUCGCCGACGGCCAACACCUACGCCAAGAAUGCCAACAAUCGGGAGUUCUACGCCUGAGACUACUCGAUCGACUCCAGUGAUGGUGAUUUGUAAGGUGUGCGUAAGUACGUGCAUCGACGUUGCUCUCCUUAAAACAACACACAACAAAAGCAGCCUACUUGUUGCCGAGUGAAGAAGAAGAAGAAGAAGAAGAAGAAGAAAAAAAAAGAAGAGGACAAACAAAAACAAAUAGUAAACACACGCGUUAGACUAGUGGAUCUAAGGAAGCUGCGGGUAGAUUGCUUUUCCGAACCACUUUCCGAGAAUUAUUCUGACCAGUGAGCAGAAUUUUUUAGAAAGUAUCACACCAUCGAGAGUUACACACAACGGAGUCACAACUGAACUGUAGAGUCGGGUCCGAACGGACGGACGAAGAAAAACAAAAUUCAAAGAACAAAAUUUAACGGUGAGAUGAUAUCUUAGUAGGCGAUUGAUUGAUUGUUUACUUUUGGUGAACGAAAGCGAGAGAGAGAGAGAGAGAAGGUAGGCACGGGGGGUGCGGUGCACCCGGUGCCUACCGAGCGCGAUAAGAUUCGACUUUUCAUUUCCAGUCUAAUAUUUUUCUCGAUUCUCGUUUUUUGUUUAGGACGGAAUAGUAGAAAUCGUGGCAACUGUUUAUUUUUUUUAAAGUAAUAUAACGUAAUGUAACGUUGCAGCAUUUAUUACGGAUGGCAGGCAUAUUUACUCAUUCUCAUACACAGUGAAAAACGCUGAAAAUUGAAAACAGGCAAAGUUUUAAUGUGUAAGGAAAAGGCUAAAAAAACGUUUAUAUAGGAGUAAAUAGAUGUUACAUAUUUAUAAUGGCAUGCUAAAUGGAAAAGUGGAAGCAGAUCAGAGAGCAAAUAAAGUUUAUUAUUUUUUUUUAUUAAUCAUACGCUAGCCUUCUUUUCUGUUCAUGUGUCAAGGAAACUAUUUUUAUUCGAAAACAAAUUUGAGAACAAAUAUAGGAGAAAUCUAAAACAUUGAAUAAUAAAUCUGUAAGUGAAGAAAGAUGAUUGAUACUUUAUUGUUAAAGUAUGGUAAUUAUAAUCCAUAAACGUAACGGAGGAAAAUGAAAAAUCUUUGUAUAGGAAAAAAGUAUAUAAAAAGCUAUUAUUAUUUAUAAAAUUAACUAUAACUCUCUUUUUUUUUAAAUCAAAGCAAAAUCAGUAAUAACUAACGGAAACGAAAAAAAGAAAGGAUUAGUUACAAUUAAUUCUGAUAGCAAUAACACAAACCCCCAUAUAAGGAAGGAAAAUGUUUUAAACAACUUGUCUUUUCUGUUGAAAACGAACCGCGAAUAGAGCAAGAAGAUUUUAGCGAAAAACAAAACGUAAACAAACGGUGAAUUGAUCAGCAACUUUUGUUAUUAUGUGUGUCUCAACUCGGGUAAAAGUGCAAACAAAGUAAGGGGGAAAAUCGGGCGAGAGAUGGACAUUUGCCUAUUCAGUCCCGGUUGGAUUUGGUCGAUUUGUGAACGAGGUACGAUGUUUGCUUUGAUUUGUCACGCACGGGAAUUGAGACAAGUGGUCCCAGAAACGGAUGGUAGCUUGGAAUGAAGCAGAUUUUUAAAUACAAGCAUAGUAGGUAGAUACUUUUCUCAGCAGGCGUGUGAGUUUUACUUUUUGAGUUGAAUGAGUUUGACUAUCUGCGUAGAGGAUGGAUAUUGAAACGAGGUUUUGGUCGCCGACUUAGGAGUCGUUCCGCAAUUCGACGACCCCGGGGAAGGCAAACUGUCUGUAUUCAACUGAACUAAGAGGAGAAAAAUUCGAUUUAUCAGUAAAAGAAACAGAUAUCAUACAUACAACUAGCUUUUUAUUAAAUUAUAAACUGAAAUAUUGCAAAAAAAAAAAACGUAUGUAUAAAACAAAAACUGGUCGCAAAAUUUGCUGUUAUAAUUAUCAUUGUAAUUAGCAUAGUGAACAAAAAAACGAUGUAACGUCAUGGAUCUAACGUAAUGUUUACCCCCAUCAAGUAGGCGUUUGUGCCGUGCGAAGCUCCCGAAUGAAACCAAGUAUUACCAUAGCAACCAGAUAAACAAAUUCUCUCACUCACACUGAGACAAAAAUAGAAA